UGUCGACCGAUAGUCGACCUGUCAUAGAUAAUUUGUGGUUGACGAUUGAUAUACCGGAAUAAAUAAAAUAAACAGAAAAGACUGCUGAUAGCGAGUUAGUAGCGAUUGAGCAGCACUGCAGCAAGCAACGAUUGAGAGUGAUUAGUAGCAAUUUCACUCGUACAUCUCGUAAUAUUAUUUUCUUAGUGUCAUCGUUCAGACCAUAGUGAAUUUAUUUUGGAAAAGAUGCUACGCACUUUGGUAACUAGGAAAUCAUUCUUGCCAUCGGUUACAAGCAUCUGUGCGCACAAAGAUGUGGAAAACUUUGCUUUUGUCUGUACUCAGGUUUUAAAACUGCGCUGCGCCAGCCAGCACCGAUCGAAGCACCAAGGAAACAUAGCGCACAUAUUGAAUCACGGAAAGAUUCCUCUGGUCGACGAGACUAUAGGAAAACUGUUAGCCACGGCGGCUGACACAUGGCCGGAUCGAGAAUGCGUGGUGUCUGUGCAUCAAAACGUGCGGCUCACGUUCUCCGACUUGAUUCGUCGCGCUGAUCGUCUAGCAGCUGGUUUCGUAAAACUAGGUUUGAUGAAAGGCGAUCGUCUAGGAAUCUGGGCACCGAAUGACGUCGAAUGGUUGAUCACGUUCAUGGCCGCAGCCAGAGCCGGGCUCAUCUUGGUUGCGAUCAACCCUGCCUAUCAGGUGGACGAGGUCGUCUAUUGCUUACAGAAAGUCAGUGUCAAAGCUGUGAUAUCGCCGACGAACUUCAAAACGCAGAACUACCCACGCAUGCUGUUGCAAGCGAAGCAGGCGUGUCCCGCUUUAGAGCACAUAAUUAUCUACUCGGAGGACCACGUGACUGGAACGCGUCGAUUCAGCGACGUGGAGAUGCUACCGUCGAGGAUAGAAGUGGAACGUAUCGCCGCGGAGCAGGAUGAAAUAUCUUGCCACGCUGGUAGCAAUAUACAAUUCACCUCGGGAACCACUGGCAAACCCAAGGCCACUCUGCUGUCGCAUAGAUCAUUGCUGAAUAAUGCGAAACAGGGAGUUGUGAGGGCGCAAUACCAUCUGGAGCUAAAGGCUUGCCUAAACGUCCCGUACUUCCACGCGUUCGGGAUAUUGAAAGGGUUGCUCUGUUCGUUUCAUUCCGGUUACGCGGUCGUGUUGCAAGGGCGUUCGUUUAAUCCAGUCCACGCGUUGGAGGCGACCCUACGAGAGAAAUGCACGAUGAUGUUCGGGACACCGACUAUGUGGAUCAAUAUGUUAGACGCCAAGCAACGGAUGCAGCUGCCGGCGAUAACCCUGUCGUACGGCGUCACCGGUGGUUCACCCGCGUCGCCGGAGCUCUUCAAGCAGAUAAAGGAGUCGUUUAAUUUCAACAAUAUGAAGACGAUAUACGGGCUGACGGAGGUAACGGGGGUGAAUUUUCUAUCUCUGCCCAACGAGGACCCCGAAUUGACAGAGAACACCGUGGGCUGUGUGACUGACCAUAUCGAAGUUAUGGUCGUGGACGAGAAAGGGGAGCCAGUGUCUUUCGACACCCCGGGCGAGCUUUGGAUUCGAGGGUACUGCGUCAUGAAAGAGUAUUGGGGAGACGAGGAGAACACGAAGAAAGCUAUUACCAAAGAUGGCUGGUUCAAAACCGGUGACCAAUUUGUAUUAAGGAAAAAUGGGUACGGAUGCAUAGUUGGAAGGCUGAAAGACAUGCUGAUUCGUGGCGGAGAAAACAUUUUUCCAAAGGAUAUAGAGGACGUACUGAUGACUCACCCUGAGGUGCUCGAGGUGCAAGUUAUUGGCGCGUACGACGAGGUUUACGGGGAGGAAGUAUGCGCGUGCGUUCGUCUUCGGAAGGGCGCGAGUCCUAGCAAGGAACAAUUGAAGGAGUAUUGCAAGGGUCGCAUGGCACCCUUCAAAAUUCCACGGUACAUAGUGUUCGUGGACGAAUACCCUAAGACGGCCAGUGGGAAAGUACAAAAAUAUAAACUGAGAAAAGAAUUGGAACAUAAAGACAUAAUUCCGUCCGCUUCAAGAAACUCUGGCAUGUUAAAACGCGCUGAAAAAUAGCUGAAUAAUAAACUGGCUAAAUUUAUUUACUUGAUCCCGUUGAUGAAAAUUAAUAUGCGACCGCGCGAUCGCAAGCUGGAAUGAUUAACGAUAUAUGUAUAUAAUACGUUUUUUUGUGUGAUCCGCAAAAUCCUUUCAAAGAUAUGUGCACAGAUUAUUUAAUAUUGACAUUUGGAAAAGCCGACUGAUAUCGACUAAAAUAUAUUUUAAUAGCUUUAUUUUCAUU